CAAGACAACCAACCAACCAACCAACCGAAAGAGCUUUUUAACUUUUGAAAGUGAACCCAAUGGCCAUCAAUUACUUAACGAUAACCACUGUGUGUGUGUGUGUGUUUCCACCAAUCCAUUCACACUCCUUCACAAUCUCUAUCUCUAUAACAAACCAAUCCUCAAUUUCAUACCCUAAUCCUACAAUUUCUUCUUCAAUUCCACCACAUCUUUUCUAGGGUUCCUGAACAUGCUGUUACAGUGAAUGCUACUAUCAAACAUCAUUAUUUUAUUAGGGUUUAACAUCGAUGGGGAGUGAAGCUGAAUUGAUCGAUGAGGAGAUUGAAGAGUUUAACCACACCAUAUUUAUUGCAGUGGGGAUGAAUGUUAAGGACGGUAAGUCGCUGAUUUUGUGGACUCUGAAGAACUUUUCUGGAAUGAAGAAGAUUUCUCUGCUUUAUGUUCAUCAACCUGCAGACUUGGAUGAUAAAUUAUCUGUGCACAAAAUUCUGAACGAGUACAGUCUCACUCUAUCUCAGGCAGGGGUGCAAGCAGGUAAGGUGUGGACAGAAGCCAAUGACGUUGAAACAGGCAUUGUAGAAGCCAUCGAGCUACAUCGUGUUAAAUGGCUUGUAAUGGGGGCUGCAUCUGAGAAGCUAUAUUCGAAGGAUAUGUUGGAGAUCAAGUCUAAUAAAGCAAUACAUGUUUGCCAACAAGCGCCGAUCUUGUGUCAAAUCUGGUUUGUUUGUAAAGGCCACCUCAUCUAUACAAGACGGAGUGGAUUAACUUUACCCUUACCUCAUGAAUCACAAGACAAACUGGUUCGGUCAAUUUCGGCUAUGUUUCUGGAAGGACCACAAGGGCUUUCAUCUUCUGACUUGCAGGAUAGACUCGAGAAUGCCACUAAGGAUGCUGAAAAGUCAAAGCAAAAAGCAUUUGAAGAGUCAAUUAAACGGUGGAGAGCUGAAGAAGACGCCAACGAGGCUUUACGUAAGGCCGAAGAAUCAGAAAAAUCAUUAAUGGAGGAAAGUGAACGAAUAAAAGAAAUAGUGGUUACUCUAACAACGAAAGCUCAAGAAAUAGAAACAAUGAAAAAUCAACGAGAUCAAUUCAUAAAAGAACUUCAGACGGUCAAAGAUCAACAACCGGGGCUUGUUGACCAAAUUUCAAGAGCCCGUGAAUCAGAAAAAGAAUUAGAGGAGAGGAUUAUUCAAGCUGUGAAUCUCUUGAUUACUUUUAAAGAAAAUCGAGAUAACUUGCAAGACACGCGUGAUAACGCAAGGAGAGAAAUUAAUAGGCUUGAAAAAUAUGUGCGCGUGGAGAGCACGGAUUUGUCACAUGCAGAAUUUUAUAAACCGUCUUUUAUGGAAAUUAUGGAGGCUACGAAAGAUUUUGAUCAGUCUCUGAAGAUUGGAGAAGGGAAACGCGGUAGCGUUUAUAAAGGAAUUCUUCGGCAUCUUCGGGUAGCGAUAAAGAUGCUACCUUCGCUUGGUUCUCAGAGUGAUGCAGAAUUUGAAAAUGAGGCAGAGAUUUUGAGUAGAGUACGGCAUCCAAACCUCGUAACGCUAAUCGGUGUUUGUCCAGAAUCAAGAUCUUUAAUUUACGAAUAUCUCGAAAACGGCAAUCUUGAAGAUCAAAUCGCUUCUCUUGAAUGGUAUGACCGAAUAAGAAUUUGUUCCGAAAUAUGUUCUGCCCUAAUCUUCCUCCACGGCAGUAGACCGCAAAUCAUCCACGGAAACUUGAAGCUUACCAAUGUUCUUCUCGAUUCAAACCACGUAUCCAAGUUAAGCGACUUAGAAAUCAACCGUUUGAUUCCCAAUGUAUUACACAACGAUGAACCUGAGGUUUCUGUUUAUAUGGAUCCCGAAAUGUUGGAAUUUGGAAAGCUUGCUGUUUCUUCGGAUGUAUACUCGUUUGGAGUUGUAUUGUUAAGAAUGUUAACAGGGAGACCGGCUUUAAGUGUUGUAAAAGAUACAAAAUGUGCGCUUGAAAAUGGGAGUUUUGGUACGAUUUUGGAUUUGACAGGUGGUGAUUGGCCGAUUGAGCGUGCAAAGGAGUUGGCGUAUUUGGGUUUAAGAUGUUGCGAAAAGAACUCGAUGAACCGGCCUGAUUUGGUGGAUGAUAUAUUGCCGAAGUUGGAGACGAUGAGAGAUCUUGUAACGGUAUCCCCAGUUGAGUCUGAGAAUCAUCACAAGAUUCCGUCUUAUUUUGUUUGCCCCAUUUAUCAGGAAGUGAUGAAAGAUCCUUACAUAGCAGCAGAUGGUUUUACAUAUGAAGCAGAUGCCAUAAAAGGUUGGUUGAACAGUGGCCACAAGACUUCACCUAUGACCAACCUUAAGCUUGACCAUUGUGACUUGCUCCCUAAUCAUGCCCUUUCCUAUGCAAUUCAAGAAUGGCUACAACAUUCCUGAAAUACCCUUAUUUCUAGUUUGACUUUCUUUGACUUCACCUGUCUUGCACAAAUCAUACAAAUGUAUAUGAACAUUCAAGUAAAGCAUUAUGAAAUUGUGUUCAUGAAGUAUUUGUUUU